CCAGUGAGCACAAUCAAAGCCCCUGUGAAGAGAGAGGCCAGUAUAAGUAGCCGGCACCCUGCAGGGCGUCAGGAGGAUCAUAGUGGGACCCAGACCGGACGGGAGAAUCCCAUGUGAGGAUAAAACGCCAAGGUAAAGGCAUUCCCUGUCUUAUACGAGUGAGGGGACAAUGCGGCUUACCUUGUUCCUGUAUCAGGUUGCCAUGCUAGUCUUCGUGAACGCACAGCAGGACUGCUUCAUGCACCCCACGUUCAGAGGGCCAACUAAUGCGGACAUCGAAGUGUCAUGUGGUACGCAGCAGAUGGCCAUGAAGAUGCUGCUGUGUCCCGUCUACUUCUGUGGAUACAACGAGUCUCUAAUGUCCCUCAACGGGGAGCACGACAAAGAGUACUGCAAGGGCGUCGCAGACUGGACCGUUGACCCCCCCGUGCUCAGGUUCAACUUCUCCAUCACCGAGGAGGAGAUCACGGUGUGCUCAAAUAAGCUGACGGUGACAGAGGAGAUGGGGAACGGGGUGUUCUCUGACUUCUCCAGUCUGCAGUACAUCAACAUCUCCGGCCAGAUCAAGUCCCAGGACCCAAUCGUAGGAACUGUGGCCUACCGUGAGGAGAUGAUGUACAUGUUCUCCUGCCGCUACCCGCUGCAGUACCUGGUCUCCAACAGCACAGACAUGAGCGUCGCAGGAGCCAGCCUGUCCAUGAAUGAGGAAAGCGGCAGCUUCAGUAGCACGCUCAGGAUGGCUUUGUUCUCGGACAAUGCCUAUUCCUCCGCUCUCAGGAUCCCUCAAGGAGGACUCAAGCUGAAGACCAGGAUCUUUGUCCAGGUGGCCGCCAGCAACCUGAGCAACAGAUUCAACGUUGUACUGGACAGGUGCUACGCCUCGACCACUUUCUUCUCCGUCGACAGCAUCACACAUGACCUCUUUGUUGGGUGCAAUAAGGACGGCCAGACGAUCAUCGCCAUCAACGGGAUGGAUCAGAACGCCCGUUUCUCCUUCGAGGCGUUCCGCUUCGUCCAGCAGAGGACCAGCGCCACCUUUUACCUGCACUGCUCCACCCGGCUCUGCGAGCGCUCCAGCUGCCCCGCCCUGGUGGAGAACUGUUCCAUCUCGACGGCGUUCAGAAGGCGGCGCAGCGAGGGCGGUGGCGGCUGGAGCAAGAGGGUUAGCGACGCGGCCACCGUCAGCUCGGGGCCCAUCACCACCCGCAUGGACACUGGUGAGGAGGAUGAAGAUGAUGAGGAUUCUACUCAGCAGAGCAAGAAGAAAGUCAUGCUAGGGGUUGUCAUAGCAGCAGGGAUCCUAGUCACCAUCUUCCUCUCUCUAGUGGCUUUCAUCACUUGUGUCGUCUGUAACUCCGAAAGAUGGUUCAGUAAACCAGUUCUCUACCGACUGGAGUGAGAGAGACUUUUUAUUUUGUUUUUACUACGGAAGACGCUAUGUUAAAUCCGAUUUAAAAAGUAAAGGUCCUGCCAUGUUUUAGGAGCCAAUGCACGGAGAGAGCUUAUUGGCCAAUUGACUCUGGAACUACUGGGAAGGGCUUUUACUUUAUACUUGUAACAUGGAUGGAGUGUAAACAUGGAUGGGUCCACUCUGAUUUAAAGAUUUUAGAAUCUUAUCAUUUGUAGUCGACAAUUAUUAUUUACAAAUAAGUCUCUCUGUAUAUAUUUCUGUGAAAGGUAAAUGGAGAAAGUCACAAUGAGUAUUUGUAACAGUUUUACCUGCUUAUGUAUUGACAAAAUAAGAAAACAUAACAGCAUUAGUUAUUCCUGACCAAUAAAAUAUAUUAAGAAUAUAUUCUGAGUCAUCUCAGAAUAUGACUCAGUAAAAUAUAUUCUGGAAUGAGGCAUUGGAAUUAGAGUUUGUAAACUAAGAUCUAAGAUGUAAACUAAAAUCUUCCAUUCAAUUUAAUUGUCAACAAUUCUUCCUACGAUUGUUUUUUUAUAUAUAUAUAUAUAUAUAUAUACUUUUGCUUGUUUAAUUGUGAUGUCCUCAUUGAUUACACUGCAAUCAAUUGGAAUGAAGAGACAAUAUGAAUGCAUGACAACAGCAUUUUUUCUGAGGUUAGGAAAGUAAUUGGUAAAUUAAUUGUAUAAUACUGGGGCUUUUGGGGUAACACUUUUUAUUAAAACUAUGAAUGUCACAGAAUAUUUUACAAACCCAAAAAAAACUCAAAGCCUAAUCAUUUUAAGUACUUCAACUUUAAAAUCAUAUAAUAGGAUGAUCAUCCGAUUGUUUUACCUGCAGCAGUAAGAAAAGUCAUGGCACACAGGAACUACAAGGUUAAGUUUUAUUUCUUUCCAACAACUGAGAUUAAAUCAACAACUAAAAACAAAAAACAAAACAAAACAGAAAAGUUUUGUAUCAACAGUUUAGCAAGAAAACAUCUUCUACUCCUGACGCUCACCCGAGUCCCGUUUGCCCUACUGCCUCUGCCAACCGUUUCAGAGGUAGAGGAUUCCAGAAGCAUCAAGAGCCAAGAUCGGUGCCGUGUGUGUGGUCCGUGUGUGUUUGGGGGGUGGGCUGUUACGUCAUGGACAGAACGCUGAACACAGUGGAAACCUUCUCUUCCAAGCGUGUUUAGCAGCUCGCUGGGCAUCCAAAAACACAGGGGGCCUUGUCCACUAUCAGUGCAGCGAAUUCAUAACAGCUCCUACUAGGUUCUAAUAGCCAUCCAUUGAGGAAGAAAAAAGGCAUAAUCCCAAAAAAAAAGAA